GUUUAGCUCCACGGGCUGCACAGCCUACCAUGAAUCUCUAUUCAGUAUAUCAAAGCGUCCUGCUGCUGCCUCUCAACCGAAUGGGAUUCAAUGUAGGCACUGAGAUAGACUCUGAACUUUAGAGUUUUAUUUUUUUGUAUUUUUUUCCUUGCGAUUAAAAUAUAUUUGUCAUCAUCAUUAUUAUUUUGCCUGCUGUCAAAGUUAUUCUAAAAUUAGGAGUAAUGAGCGUGGAUGCUUUGGGAAGCCCUGUGAUGGACCCUACGUUUUCCAAACGGAACACAGCGCUGAGAUUAGUUGACUUGGCAGGGGCUCACCACCAUCACCAUCAUCACCACCAUACCCCUCAGAGCGUGACAGGCUUCCCGGGGUUCAGCAGCCAUCCACACUCAAUGGCUCACGCGCACCCUGGGGAGAUUACUGCGGAACCCCGCCUGGGGCCGAGUCCAUUCGGGCCAGAACACAUGGGGCACUCCGCGGCCCUCAAAAUCAGCCCAGCCCAUCAUUAUCCCCACCACCAUCACCACAAUCAUCAUAUUGCAGGCCACAGUGAAGUGGUCUCCAGUCAAACGGGAGCUUUUGGCCCGGUGCAGGCGGCGACGGUCCCAUACUCUAUGUCUCAUACGGCCCAGGCAUUAUCCGCAGGUAGGGAUUUCCUCAUACGACGAGAUCUGACAGCUCAAGCCAUGCCAGUGCUGACCGACCAGCCUACUGGUACAGCCUCUCACCACGGAAUGUUUGUCUCAACAACAGGUAGCUAUCCGGGACACUAUGGUCAUCACCCCGAUGCUGCGAACCAUACCCUCUUCCCCGGACUUCAUCACGAACAGCCUUCUAACGGAGCUCCAGGUGGCCAAGCACUGAACGGACAAAUACGGUUAGGAAUACCUGGAGAAAUGUACGUUAGAUCUGAUCACUUGAGUCAAGUGGCAAGCUCCAGGACAGACCCAUUUGCUGCAUCGCCUCUGCACAGCUACGGUGGUCUCAAUCUGAACAUGAACCUCAGCGCUCACCACCACCACGGACCAGGAGCCUUUUUUCGGUACAUGAGGCAACCGAUUAAGCAAGAACUGAUCUGCAAAUGGCUGGAACCGGAACACUCGGUGAAAAAACUGUGCUCCAAAACUUACAGCACCAUGCAUGAACUGGUGACACAUGUGACAGUGGAGCACGUCGGGGGACCAGAGCAAGCAAAUCACAUAUGUUUUUGGGAAGAGUGUCCUCGAGAAGGAAAGCCUUUUAAAGCCAAGUACAAACUUGUAAAUCAUAUCAGAGUACACACCGGAGAAAAACCAUUCCCGUGUCCAUUCCCCGGUUGUGGAAAAGUAUUCGCAAGAUCGGAAAAUCUUAAAAUUCACAAAAGAACUCACACAGGCGAGAAGCCCUUUAAAUGUGAGUUUGACGGAUGUGACAGACGCUUCGCCAACAGCAGUGACCGGAAGAAGCACUCCCACGUGCACACCAGCGAUAAGCCCUACAACUGCAAAGUGAGAGGUUGUGACAAAUCCUACACGCACCCCAGCUCUUUGCGAAAACACAUGAAAGUGCACUGCAAGUCUCCACCUCCGAGUUCUGGUUACGAAUCAUCGACUCCAUCUCUCGUUUCACCCUCAUCAGACUUGGGCCGUGAGCCAGCUCCCUCCUCACUGUCCGAACCCCUCUCCGCGUCUCAGCCCGCGAAUCUAAGCGAGUGGUACGUUUGUCACAGUUCAGGUGCCAGCGGCUCUCAGACCCCUCCCAGCGGUUCCUCCACACCUGACCCUUCAGAGAGGCCACAAUACAGGAAUCCGCCAUGCAGGGACACAUUCUAACAACAGUUAGAGUACAAUAAUAAUUAUGAAUGGAAAAUGCAUUGGAUUCGCAAUUAUUUUGGGGGGAUAAAGUUCAUUUUCCAAGAUAUCAUCCUAGGCCCUACUUGUCUAAAUGCACUGGCAUAUCGACAAACAAUGACACUGCCAAUCCUCCAAUUGAAAUAACCAGCUAUCAUGAGUGUUAAUCUCUUAUACAAUGUAAUGGUUACUCGUAAGCAUGUGGCUGUAUUAUUUUGUAAAUUCAGUUUAAACAUCAAUAUCUUUUUAAUUUAUUUUUGAAUCUGACUUGGACAUUUUUGUAAUAUCGAACCAAAGUGUUUCAAUAGAACAAAAUGUAAAUUUGUAUAUUGCAACGUUUUAAUGUGUACGUGUUAACGGUAAUUUUGUAUGGUUCAGUCUUUCAGCUAUUUUGAAAUUUUGCUACUAUUGUUUGUAUAAAAUUAAUAUUUGAAAUUGUUUAAAUUUCAUAACGAAUUAUUUCCUUCAUUUGUGCUUUAUCGGAACUAUUGACCUAAGCGUUGUUACUGUAUUUGCUAUGACAGACAUAACAUUCAAAAGUAUUGCAGUCAUUGGUCAAUGUUGGCAUUUUGUGGUUUUGUAAUACUUGUUAAGGUUUGUUAAUAAUACAUUUUAUGACAAUUCAAUCGACAAGAGGGGACUCAACAUGUGUAUCAAACUGCCUUGUAAUUUGUCAGUAUUUUGAAUAAAUUGUGUAUUAUAAA